AUGGGCGGCACGCCUGAGGCGCGACGGGCCGCGCUUCGGCGACAAAGUGCGAGCGCUGACGAGCUCGCGUCACCGUCCACGUGGAAGCUCCCCGCGCUCGUAAAUGCGUCGACCGACCUCCGGUGUUUUAACUGCGGCACGGCGCACCCGAACCCAGCGCUGCGCGAGACGUACCGCUACUGUCUCCACUGCCGAAAGGUCCUCCGCGAGUCCUCCGAGUGCGAUACGGCGCUCCUCAGUGGCGCGCCGCUCAACCAGCUGCACAUCCUUGCAGCCUCGUACGGCCAUCCGGUCGAUCCGGCACUCGCCAUCGAUGUCACCAGUUUCGUUCGCGCCCGACUGACUGUCAUGUCUUCCACGUCCGAGCUGUACCUCUCGGCCGACGUCUCGGAGCUCACGCUUGUGGACCCUGCCCCUGGUGUCCUCAAGGUGCUUCUUCUUCGCUAUGUCGUGCCCAACUUUAACCCGGCGCUGACCCGCCGCGGCGACGAAGUUUAUGUGCGGGAAGUGCAGCCGCAGACGUUGGCGACGCCGAUCCAGCUCUCGUUCACGAUGGAUCGACCGCCAAAGCUCUGGAUUCUCUCUGGGCUCUACGGCCACCGCACUUCCUCCACCAAGGGUAUGGUGCUCGAUGUCACGGAGCGGCUUACCGCGUGGAUCGACUUGUUUGGCCACGGCUGCCAUCUCUGCAUCCCGUCGACGCAAACGCUCGUUGACUGGCUCGGCGACCCGUGCCCGGGGCUCACCAAAGCGCUCAGAUUGCACUACGAAGUGAUUGGCCGCGCGGGCCAAGCGCGCCAGUAUGAAGUUGACGGCCAUCUCAAGGAAGACAUUGUGAUCCAGCAUCUCCCGGUCGUCUCGCCUGGUGUACUCCUCGAGCACGCCGACUACGGCUGGCCGAUCCAAGAACUCGAGCGCAAAAGAGUCGAGCUGCAAGCCCAAGUCGCGCUUGGUGACGCUGACGCCGCACCACUGUUGGCACAAUUUCAAGCGCUCGCAGCCGCCAGCGCGAGUUGCGAUGUCACGGCCCCGCUGCAAGCAAGCGUUCGGUCGCAGCUCGAACUCGGUGCGCGCAUGAACCUCAACCAGCUCGGCGGCGAUCCGUGCCCCGGGCUACCCAAGCUACUCAUCUUGGAAUAUGCGUACCUGGGCUUUGGGGAGAGCGGCAACGACAGCGAGAUCCUCACGGGUGGUCAUUUGCGCAAUUUUACCAACCGCAAUGGGGGCAAACUCAAGCUGGACGUGAACCGUGAAGGGUUCCUCAAGGAACCGGUUUUGCUCCAGCCCCACACGGUGUUUCCGCCCUUGCAGAUUGUUCGGGCUUUUUUUGGGCACCCGACAAAUGCGCUCAAGACGUACGACAUUACCGACGUGGUCGCGACGCUUGCGGGCAAAGACAAGCACGCCAAAGCGCUCGUGGUGCCCCGCACCAUGGAUUUACUGGCACAGUUUGGCGACCCUUGCCGGGGCAUGCGGAAAGCCCUUACGAUCAACUACAAAGUACUAGGCAUGUCCGGCCAUCUUGCGAUUCCAGCGACCGACGACAACCACCUCGUCGCGACACUUGAGCUCGGGUACCCGCCCGAGACGCGCGAUGCAGGCGUCACCGGCAAAACGAGCUGGGCCGAGCGCAUGGCCUCGCGUGCCAUGACGCGUACAACCAAGCAGACGGCGCGCGAUCGCAUGCGAAGCAGCGCCAGCUUACGAAUGUGGUCCAACGAAUCGUUCUAGACAAAGUGCCAUUUGCUUUAACGACACCGUAUCUGU